AUGUCCUCUUUAAGAGUAAACCAUUGUAAAAAGGGGCUGAAGUUCUUCCUCGACUUAGGUAAGCACGUUCAAAUAGAUGAUUUCAUCUAGUUAUAGCUCAGGGGAACCAAGCCACGUUAGAGUAUCGUCAAUUAAAACCGAACGUGAUUGACAUUUACCAUACUCAGGUGCCUCCGGAGUUGAAAGGAAAGGGGAUUACCGCACAAUUAUGCAAAGUAAGGUACCGUCAUAACAACGAUUAUCUCCGCAACGUGUGCAGUUAAAGUUUGACUUCAGGAAGCGUUCAAUUAUGCUAAAGAAAACAAACUGAAGGUCGUUACAAGUUGCCCAACCGCCCAGAAAUACAUCGAAUCUAUGGCUUCAGAAGCCGAAAAGAAAACGGUUGUUCGAGAAUUGAAGGAUAAAAAGGAUUUGGAAGAUUCAUAA